AUGGCUUUGGUUCUUCAAACAAAUCGUGCUACAAGCAGCAAUAGCAGCACGGUUCCAAUGGAUUCAUUCAAACAGCUGCAUCAUCCAACAAAUCAAGAAGAUAGUUUUCAUCGAAAAAUAUUUGAUAAAAUUGAAGAAGGAAAACGUGAUAAAGAUCCUCAAAAAUGUCAACAAAUUCUUGAUGAUUUAAUGAAAAUGCUUAAACAUCUUACAGCUGAUGUUAAUAAUUAUAAUUUAGCAUUUCGUGAAACACGACCACCAUUUUAUAUGCAAGAAUUUCAACGUUUAACGGAUCGUAUUGAAACAUUAACAAAAGCACGAGAUACAUUAACUGAAUAUCUUCAUGAACUUGAAGGUCAAAAUAUUGGAAAAACAUAUCCAUAUUCAUCAUCAUCAUCUAAUGAUGUUUCUCCAACGAAUAAUCAAUUUCAACCACAAUUACAAUAUUCUCCAACUAUAUCUCAAUCAUAUCGUUCAUCACCACCGGAAAAAAUUCGUUAUCCACAUACAUCUUCAACAUCAUCAAUACAUUCAGAUUCACCUCAACGACCACGUAGUCCAAGUAUGACACCAAAUAAUUUUAUUCGUGUUCAUUUUCCAAAUAAACAUACAACUGCUCUUGCUCCAAGAAGUGAUGAAACACUUGAAAUAGCACUUGAAUCACGUGCUUCAAGACAUUCAGUAACUAAUUUACGAGCUUAUACACCAGUUUAUAUGAUUUCAAGACAACCAUGUCCAUGGGAUAUAACUCUUGAUCGUUUACGUGAAACAGAAAUUGAACUCGAAGAAAAUCCUAAACUUGAUCAUUCAUUUGAAAAUAUUCCAACACCUCGUUUUCCUGUAUUUAUUGGUGUUCGUUGUAUUGUCUGUCAUCAUCGUAUUCGUGAAGCUUAUAAACGUUGUGUUUCAUGUGGAAAUAAUUAUCAUAAUGGUUGUUAUUCAAAAGCACCUGUGUGUUCUCAUCCUAUUCUUCAACAUAUUAAACAUCUUGGUCCUGAUCGUUUUAAUAUGGAUCGAACAAGUGGUCAACCACGAAGUAAAGAACAAUCACGUAGUUUACCUCGAAUUCCAAUAUCGAGACCAAGUAUCGAUACAAAUCAAGGAGUUGGUCCACAAAAGGACAUCAGUCAAGAUUCACAUGGUAAUCCACUACCAACAACAACAAAUGUUGGUUAUUUUCCGAAUGCUAUACAAUCGACGAUGAAUAUAUCGUCGUCGAAUCCACUCUUCCAACUAUCAUCAACAAUUAUAUCAUCAUCAUUACCAUCAGCAAUAUCACCUAUUCAUCACAUUCCUCAGUUAUUACUGACUAUUAAUGGUUCAACAUUGACAAGUCCAGAAAGUCUACGACCUAGUAUGACUAAACCUAAUAGUGAUGGUGUUAUUGAUACGAAAAAACCUCCACAGAAAUAUGUCAGUGAAUGGGAAAUUCGACCAGAAGAUUUGCUCAAUCAUGGACGAAUGGUAGGCAGAGGCACUUAUGGUACUGUAUAUAAAGCGGAAUUGAGAUUACACGGUCAUGUUGCAUUGAAAGAAUUAAAUUUUGUUUCACCAACACCAAGUCAAUUUCAAGCAUUUCGAAAUGAAGUUUUUGCAUUAAAAAAAAUUACUCAUCAAAAUACAUUAAAUUUUUAUGGAUAUAUGAUCUCACCUCGUUUUGCUAUUGUAACACAAUGGUGUGAAGGUUCAACACUUUAUAAACAUAUUCAUAUACUUGAUCGUCAUUGGAAAAUUAAUCAAUUAAUUGAUAUUGCACGACAAGUAUGUCAGGGAAUGUCAUAUUUACAUGAUCGAGAAAUAAUACAUCGUGAUCUUAAAUCAAGUAAUGUCUUUUUGGAUACGUGUGCUGAAACUGAUGAUGCUGGAGUUAGUUGGCGUGUCAAAAUUGGUGAUUUUGGUUUAGCUGCUGUUAAAACUAUUCCAAUCGAAGGUGUUAAUCAACACUGUCAACCAACUGGUUCAGUUCUUUGGAUGGCACCCGAAGUUAUUCAACAAAAAGAUUCAAAUUGUUAUUCAGCUAGUUCGGAUGUAUAUGCAUAUGGUUGUGUACUAUUCGAAAUGUUUAGUGGCAAAUUACCUCAUGCACCAAUCAGUAAUAAAGAACAGAUUAUGUGGCUUGUUGGAAAAGGACGGUUAAAAAUAAAAGUCGAACAAUGUCGGGAUGAUACACCUGAAGCCAUACUUGAAUUAAUUCGUCAAUGUUCAGAAUUUCAUCGUGAACAACGACCAAAUUUUUCACCUGAGAUUGAUGAUACAUUAUCAAAAUUUGAAUUUAUAUUUCCACGAAUACAACGUUCACAAUCAGAACCAUGUUUAAUUCGAAAUCCUCAAGAUGAUUUACUUGGUUUAUCUAUGAAUUUUGGUGUACCAAAAACUCCUUUAUCUAACCAUCGACGUUUUAAUGCUGAAGUGACAUAA